GUGUUUUGCCUGGUGCUGGCAACGCCGUAACACAUAACCUUCCUUUUCUAAUUAUUUUUUGUGCUGUGUACACGUGUUCUCCACAAUGGCACCCGUCGAAAAAGCUAAAAAGGUCGCCAAAUCGGCCAAAAAGGGCAAGAAGCAUCCCGUCAACUCUUACCUCAAGGGCGGUGUCUUGCGCUACUCCAAGGCCCAGAUGUACAAGCGCCGUGCGUUGUACCGCCUUAAGGACAAGAAGCACCCCGUCGUCCAGAAGGAGAAGGUGCCCAUCAAGAAGGUGAAGAAGAUCGGUGGCCCCAAGAACGGUGGUGAGCGUACCGUCUACCUGCGCAAAACCAAGGCCAACUAUCCAACCAAGACGUUCGUGAAGAAGCGUCCAGGCAAGGCUAACUUCAGCGAACAUAAGCGGAACACGCGCCACAACUUGAAGCCCGGCACUGUCCUCAUCCUGUUGGCUGGCCGUCAUCAGGGCAAGCGUGUCAUUCUGCUGAAGACACUGACCUCUGGCCUGCUGCUGGUCACCGGUCCGUUCGCUCUCAACUCGUGCCCCUUGCGCCGCGUGUCACAGCGCUUCGUGAUCGGCACAUCGUCGCGUGUGGAUUUGGGCGCCUUCAAGGUGCCUGAGCAUUUGAAUGACGCCUACUUCCGUCGCCUGAAGGCCAAGAAGCAGAAGAAGGGUGGCGAGGCUGACAUCUUUGCUGCCAAGAAGGAGCGCUUUGUGCCCAACGAGCAGCGCAAGAAGGACCAGAAAGAGGUCGACAGCGCCCUGCUGAAGGUGAUCAAUACGCAUCCCGAGGGUAAAUUCUUCAAGAAGUACUUGCAGAACAUGUUCGCUCUGCACUCCUCCCAAUAUCCACAUCGUCUGCGCUUCUAAAUGCCCAAAUGCAACUUCAGUUUAAGGAUUUUUAAAUACAUACUUUGUACAAGCCCCCGCUGAUAAACAACAACAACAAAAACUAUAAACAAUUUGUAAAAUAAACAUUACAAAAUUGGGAACUCUUGUGUCGAGGCGUGUGAAAGAAAA